GAAACAGGCAGAAGCUGAGCUGAGUCCCUCCGCCUUAUGUACCUUCCCACUGCAGAUGCAUCCUUGGGGGCCUCUAGUCACCAAAUACUGACACCAUUAGCCCUAUGGGACAGGCAAAACUAACUGCUAAGUCCUCGGUCUCUCGGACAUCCUCUUCAAAACUGGCUUUCAUCUCCGGGGAAGAGCUAUUUCAGCACUGGGAACCCUGGACUACCGUGUUCGUUGUGAGUUUUUCUGUAGUGAUUCUUCACUAAAUCAUGACUUCUCUUUUACUUUCAGUCAGUUUGUCAUUGUUGUUAUUCAUAUUCAUCGUUUCCAAUAGUCUUCACCAGGAAGAUUCAUUUAUGUAGUCUACCAUCACUAGAAGCAUAUAUUUUUCUCCUGAUCUGAGGACCAAAAGCCAUGCCACCCUUCAACAAUGGCAGCAACUCAGUGGCUCCCCUGGACGAGUUUGUGCUGGAAGGAUUUGCAGGGAGUCUGGGGACACAGGCCCUGCUCUUCGCUGUGUUCCUGGCCCUGUACGUGGUCACCGUCCUGGGCAACCUCACCAUGAUCCUGGUCAUCACCCUGGAUGCCCGCCUGCACUCCCCAAUGUACUUCUUCCUCAAGAACCUCUCCUUCCUGGACCUCUGCUACUCCUCCGUCAUCGCCCCCAACGCCCUGGCCAACUUCUUCUCCUCGUCCAGGGCCAUCACCUUCGCAGGCUGUGUGACCCAGCUCUUCUUUUUCUCUCUGCUGGUCACCACUGAGGGCUUCCUACUGGGUGUCAUGGCCUAUGACCGCUUCAUGGCCAUCUGCAGCCCCCUGCAGUACCCAGUGACCAUGUGCCCCGCGAGCUGCACCCGCCUGGUGCUGGGCACCUACUGUGGAGGCUGCCUCAACUCCAUUGUGCAGACUAGCCUCACGUUCCAGCUCCCCUUCUGCAGCUCCCACCGCAUCGACCACUUCUUCUGUGACGUGCCGCCCCUGCUGAGGCUGGCCUGCGCUGACACAGCCCUCAAUGAGCUGGUCAUGUUCGGCCUCUGUGGGCUCAUCAUCGUGGGUGUGACACUUGUGGUCCUUGUUUCUUAUGGCUACAUCACAGUGACCAUCCUCAGGAUGCACUCAGCAACUGGACGCCACAAGGUCUUCUCCACCUGUGGCUCCCACAUGACUGCAGUCACUCUUUUUGUUGGGACCGUGUUCGUCAUGUACGCCCAGCCAGGGGCUGUGGAAUCCUUGGAGCAGGGCAAGGUGGUCUCCGUCUUCUACACCCUGGUCAUCCCGAUGCUCAACCCCUUUAUCUACAGUCUGCGAAACAAGGAUGUGAAAACAGCCCUGAAGAGGUUAGGCCAGAAAUAUCCAGCCACAUGAAGAGAGUAGCAGAGAGAGACAGAAUGCCCCAAAACUCUGCAGAGGCACCGCCUUUGGGUUGUGGGCGUGGGUCAGGAAAAUCAUCUCUUCCUGUCUUUCUUCAAUGUUAUUGAGUCA